GGCGAAUAUAUAGGUUUGGCAGCCUGCGCACUUUUCAGUUCUACUGAGUUUUUCUCCCGAGUCACCGUUAAAAUCAAACUGUGGCAGUAUGGUCCGUGUGUUGUUCCUACUGUCCGCAGUGCUGACCGUCCCUGGCGUGCUGGCCAUGGUACAGCGUCAAAACGCAAAGUCUACUACGCCACGCCCGACCACAACGCACAUGACCACGCCACAGCACCCGACCACACCGCAUACGACCACGACACCAGAGCCAACUACUAUUCCGAGUGGCUGUAUGGGCCAGGACGGACAAUUCCACGCACCCGGUUCUACUUACCACCCUACAGGGGACAAGUGUUACACCUGUCAUUGUGACUUUGGCUUCGUCAACUGGUUUGACUGGUCCAGUACUGUCAGCGAGAGCUGUCACUACACCGACUGCGCAUGUCCACCAUGCGUGGAUGACGUCAUUCCUCCUAACCAGUGCUGCCCAACUUGCCCCAAUGGUCACAACUGUAACGCGAUGGGUACGGUGAUCCCGGCCGGUAGAGAUGUGCAGGUGAACGGCUACACCUGCCGCUGUCCCGACACCUCCGGGUUUCCGUUCGGCCGUCGCAAGCGGUCCACCGUCGCUCGGAGGGGGCUACGGUACUUUUCGCCGGUCUUCGGCGACUGUACCCGAUUCUUGGAGGCCACCUGCUACCUUACGACGACGAUUCCUCCUUCCACAACAGUACCAACUACUGUACCAACAUGUACAACUACAACCCCGACAACCGUACCGGCUGGCAUAUGCUUUACAGACAAUGGAGUCUACUAUCCAGGCCAAACCUGGCAUCCAAACGGAGACCCGUGCCACACGUGCACGUGUGAGUUCAACUCCUGGCAGAGUACGGCUCAGGAGAUGUGUUAUUAUGCCGACUGCGCAUGCCCAUCGUGCGUUGAUGAGGUGAUUGACCCUGGCCAGUGCUGUCCUAGGUGUCCGAACGGUGACAACUGUAACGCGAUGGGUACGGUGAUCCCGGCCGGUAGAGAUGUGCAGGUGAACGGCUACACCUGCCGCUGUCCCAGCACCUCGGACUAUCCGUUCGGCCGUCGCAAGCGGUCAGUUCGGAGGGGACUUCGGUACUUCUCGCCGAUCUUCGGCGACUGUGACCAGUUCUUGGAGGCCACCUGCGAUCGUCCGACGACAGUUCCCUCAACCACAACAGUACCAAAUACAGUUCCAACAACUAGACGCCGACUGCGUCCGGUUUUGGCAGGCAACCUGUGACCACAUCACAACCAUGGUCCGACUUCUACAACCAGACGUGACAGAUGCAUUUGAAAAAAUAAAUGG